CAAGAAUUGUGAUAUCAAUUUUCUAAUGAGUUCAUUUGUUAUUACUUCUCCUUUUAGCACUUUAGUAAUUAGGUUUCAUUUACUAUGGCAGGAUUUUGAGGUUAGCAAAUAUGACCCUGAAGGGUCGUCAACAAGCAAAACAGUCAGUUGCAACAGCACUUUGUGUGCACACCGUAAUAGCUGUCUAGGAACAUUCAACAAUUGCCCUUACACGGUCUCUUAUAUCUCAGCUGAAACUUCUAGCUCUGGGGUACUGGUAGAGGAUGUUCUGCACUUAACAACAGAAGAUAAUCAUCGGAAACUUGUUGAUGCAUACAUUACCUUUGGUUGUGGGCAGGUGCAAAGCGGCUCUUUCCUGGAUGUUGCUGCUCCUAAUGGGUUGCUUGGGCUCGGUAUGCAAAACAUAUCUGUUCCUAGUAUUUUAUCCCGGGAAGGCUUUACAUCAGAUUCCUUUUCCAUGUGUUUCGGACAUGAUGGGGUUGGGAGAAUUAAUUUCGGUGACAGGGGGAGUCCAGGACAGGAAGAGACCCCUUUUAAUUACAACCCAUCACAUCCAACGUAUAACAUCACCGUAACUCAAAUUCGAUUGGGGACAGAUCUUGUAGACAUCGAAUUCACAGCUAUUUUUGAUUCUGGAACAUCUUUCACAUACUUGGGUGACCCAUCUUAUUCAAAUCUUUCAGAGAGUUUCAAUUCACAGGCUCGAGAUAAGCGUCGCCCACCUGAUUCGAGGAUCCCAUUUGAAUAUUGUUAUGAUAUGAGUCCUGAUGCAAAUACUAGUUUGAUACCUAGUCUCAGUUUAACCAUGAAAGGUGGAAGCCAGUUUGCAGUCUAUGAUCCGAUCAUUAUCAUAUCCACUCAGAGUGAGCUGUUAUAUUGCCUGGCCAUUGUCAAGAGUGCGGAACUAAAUAUAAUUGGGCAAAACUUCAUGACUGGCUACCAUGUUGUGUUUGACCGAGAAAAAUUCGUUUUGGGCUGGAAGAAGUUUGACUGUUACGACGUCGAGGACCAUACUAACUUACCUUCUGAACCGCACUCUAGCACUGUGCCUCCAGCUGUUGCUGCUGGGCUUGGUAACUAUUCUAAUCCGGAAUCAACGAAAAAGGCCAGGAAUAGACAGGCUUCAGUUGCAUCUCUGCCUUACCAUAGCCAUUCUUCUCUGAUUUAUUUUGUCAUGCUCCUUUUCCUACUACUGUAGCUGGUAUGCGGCCGUCUUUUUUUCUGGUCAGUUACACUUCCAUAGUGUAAACCGAUUUAGAUAAUGUCCUCUUACCAUAUAUUAGAUUUAAAUCCUCUCUAAUCUGUCCCACUUUACGCUACGAUUGGGAUAAUCUUGAGCAUGCCAAGAUCGAUUCCCCCCAUAUUGUUUAGCCCUUCCUCAUGUAGCAUAGGCAUUUGCACAUUAUUGUUGGAGCUG